UCUAAGCCCAGAGCCAUUCUCAUCUCAGCCCUUGUGCCCCGCUGCUUCAGCCCGCAGCGGCUUUUCCUUCAGCCUGGGGGUCACCCCAUCUCAGCUGAGGCCUCGGGGAUGCCGGGAAAAGGCGACGGUAGUAAAACUCAAGAGCCACAGGCGCUAUGAAGCCGCUAGUUGUUUAUUACGCUGCCGGACGCGCGGGGAUGACUCCGCCUGACACGCGCGAGCGCUCCCCCCUCCCGGCUCCCGUUUUCUCCCCGUAGGUCAUCCAUAUCCAUCGCACGGUUUUACAUAUUCAGGAACUACCCCAGAGUGGGCGCUGGUCUAUGGAAAUCUCGGCACACGCCUUCUGGCGCCUGCCCACUUCUCUCGGGUGGCCGUAGGGGAUGAAGGCUUCGAGUCUGCCUCCCACCGAACGGUUCACCUCGCUCUCGGAGCAUGCGCAGUCUCUCAGCACCUUCCCCUCAGCAGGCAGCAAACAGAGAGACCCCCUCACACACCCCCGCUGCUCCGUCGCCCUGAUAUUCCACUGUAGCAGACAGAAAGGCUAGUCAGGGCCCCAGAAAAUCCUACACGCACACAGAAGUUGGAUAGGAGAAGGAUUUAAGAGCUCCAUGUCCACUGAGGGUUCCGACCCUGUAGGUUUCCCACAAGCCUAAGGGAAUUUGGUUUUUGCAGGUGCACCAGGAGCUCAGUGCUGGGCAGAGAACUUUCUUGGGAGAAAGUCUGACUUGAGUGGCUAUGGGAGAAGUGGCCAAAGGGGGGAGAAGGGGCAGGAAGCACCCACGGGGGCACCCCCACUCUGACAGCUGCUCCAAGGGCUCCCUGCCACGUGUGGAACACGGACGUGUCCCUGAGGGAUUCACAACAAAUGCUGUCCAUGUCAGGCAAUCACAGCUGUUCUGAAUGCCCUCCAAGCCUCUCCACGGUAAAAGGGGAGAAGCCCAGCUUGGUACAGCGAGGGCUGAGCCAUGAGGGCUGCCGGGGAGGAAUCUCACUCUUCCUGGAGUCAGCUACUGUUGUCAAAUACCUCUGAAAUCCUCAGGAUGACAGAACCCUCAAACCCUGCAUUGCUAGUGUUAAAAAGCAAGGCGUCACUUUAUUCACAGCGCUGUGGGCUGUGGGUGACCAGCCAAGAGCCUCCACACAGACACGGAUUCAAAACUUAUUAUUCCAUUAUUCCAUGGAAGAGCAGAGUUGAUUUCCAGACGAGUUUUAGGCAGAAAGUGUCCGUGGAACGCUCUCAGUCAGGCACCAAGGAAAUCGGCUUGCGGUGCAGUUCGUCGCAUGCUCGUCGCAGAGGAGUCUUCGGAUUGAGGAUUUCUCAGCGGAGAGCUUGUGAACGGGCAUCCCAGAGGAGUUUUCGGAUCGAGGAGCUCUCAGUGGAGAGCCUACAAACUAGAGAGCGGUUUUCUUUUCCCUCCCCCAAGGGGCUGUGCCCCUUGGACUGCAGCACAGCUUUGCUGAAGUGUUUUGGCAAAUCUGUGCUGCAGUUCAUGAGUUUGUGCUCUUUUCAACAAAUUUAUAUUUUUCUCCCGACAGGCCCCGCCAGGUGAUGGAUUUCCCGAGAGACGGAAUCACCAGUGGAUAUGGAGAUGGACAGAGAGCAGCCCGUCCUUCUGACACAACAGCGACACCAGAACCUCUCCUGGCUCCUUCUGACUCUGGACAGGAGGAUGAAGAGGAAGAAGUGGAGAAGGAACCUGUGGCUGUUGGAGAAGUAAUGCCUGAAGGAAUGGAAGCUUUGCCUAAGGACGUGCCACCCGAGCUGGGGACUCCCAGAAAUCCGCCUCCUGUGUUCCGUUCCUACCUGCAGUCUUGCCUGUACGGGAAUGUGAGGCCCCGAUGGCCUACCAGGCUGCUUCUGCAGACAAAGUGGCUGCAGGGCACAAACCCAACACCAGAACCUCUGCUGGCUCCCUCUCUUUCUGGACAAGAGGGUGAAGAAGAGGAAGUGGACAAUGAACCUGUGGCUGUUGUUGGAGCCGCAGAGCCUGAAGAAAUUAAAUCAGACACAACAGUGGCAACACAACCUCUGCUGGCUCCCUCUGACUCUGGACAGGAAAAUGAAGAGGAAGAAGUGGAGAAGGAACCUGUGGCUGUUGGAGAAGUAAUGCCUGAAGGAAUGGAAGCUUUGCCUAAGGACGUGCCACCCCAGCUGGAGACUCCCAGAAAUCCCCCUCCUGUGUUCCGUUCCUUCCUGCAGUCCUGCCUGAACUGGAAUGUGAGGCCCCGAUGGCCUACCAGGCAGCUGCUGAAGCAUCGGUUUUUAAAAAAAUCCAAGAUUCUUGCCAAGAUGGCUCCUCUGAUUGAUGCAGUCAGGAGACCCAGAACAGCGGCACCAGAACCUCUGCUGGCUCCCUCUGUUUCUGGACAAGAGGGGAAAGAAGAGCAAGUGGACAAUGAACCCGUGGCUGUUGUUGGAGCCACAGAGCCUGAAGAAAUUAAAUCAAUCCUCAAGAGUUCUGCAAUGGCAGGUGUUGCUGCAGAACCACAGCCUGAAGAAGUGUCCUUGCCCGACACUGAAAUGCCAAGCACAAGCACUGGCAAAAGAGGCACUGGGAAAAAAUGCACACAGAAAACAAGGACUGGGAAGAAAAGCUCUGGGGAAACCAGCACAGGGAGAAAAAGCUCAGACCAGCCACAACUGAUAUCCUCACUAACAAGUAUUUACCUCGCCGAUCUCAAGGGCAUUGUGAGUGAGGAGAACCCUGCGAAGAAAUACACUGUACAGCAGCAAAUUGGCCAAGGGACUUUUGGAACAGUUUUCCGAGGAGUUGACAUUGCCACAGGAGGACAGGUGGCCAUCAAGAAGAUUUUUCUUGGAGACCAAAAGCAUCAAAGCGAAAAAGUUGUAAAUGAAGUUACGGUCCUGAAGAGAAUGAGGCACCCCAAUAUCAUUCAUUAUAUAGACAGCUACCUUUUCAAUGAAGAACUCUGGCUGGUGAUGGAAUAUGUGGAGGGAUGCACCUUAGCUGCUGUGGUUUCCAAACAAGCUCUUGAGGAAGAGAUGAUAGCCUCUAUCAGUCGGGAGUGCCUGAAAGGACUGGACUUCCUUCAUUCAAAUCGAGUGAUCCACAGAGACAUCAAAAGUGACAAUAUUCUUCUCGGAAUGGAUGGAUCUGUGAAAUUGAUUGGUUUUGGCUCCUGUGUUUGGCUCCUCCGUGGGCAGAGGAAACAGACAUCAGUUCACGGGACUCGUUUCUAUAUGGCACCAGAAAUGUUUAGAGGAGACAGAUAUGAUGCCAAAGUGGACAUCUGGGCCCUUGGGAUCACAGCACUAGAAAUGGUGGAUGGUUCUCCAGAGGCUCAGAACAAGCUACCUGAGCUGGUGAGUCCCAGAGAACUGUCGCCUGAGUUCCAUUCCUUCCUGCAUACUUGCCUGAACCGGAAGGUGAAGCGUCGAUGGACAGCCAGGAAGCUGCUGAAGCAUCCAUUUUUAGAAAAAUCCGGUAGUCUCACCAACAUGAGUCCUCUGCUCGAUGCAGCCAGGAAAUCCCGUGCAGAGAGGUUCACAACACCAUCACCAGAACCUCUACUGGUUCCGUCUCUUACUGGAGAAGAGAGUAAAGAAGAGCAAGUAGAGAAGGAAAAUGUCAAAGCAAAGCCUGAAGGAAUGAAAUCAAUCCUCAAGAGCUCUGCAAUGGCAGCUGUUGCUGCAGCACCACAGCCUGAAGAAGUCACCUUUGCCAACACUGAAAUGCCAAGCACAAGCACCGGGAAAGGCGACACUCGGAAGAAAAGCAUUCCAAAGAAAAGGAUUCCAAAGGAAAUCACGCACCGGCUGCCAACGCUGUCCCCACUAACACGACUUCUCCUUGCUGAACUCAAGGGCAUUGUGAGUGAGGGGAACCCUACGAAGAAAUACACUUUAAAGCAGCAAAUUGGCCAAGGGGCUUUCGGAGCUGUUUUCCGAGGAGUUGACAUUGCCACAGGAGGACAGGUGGCCAUCAAGAAGAUUUUUCUUCGCGACAGAAAGAACAAAAGGGAGCUUGUUUUAAAUGAGGUUUCACUCUUGAGUAGCAUGAGGCACCCCAAUAUCAUUCGUUAUAUAGACAGCUACCUUUUCAAUGAAGAACUCUGGAUAGUGAUGGAAUAUGUGGAGGGAUGCCCCUUAUCUACUGUGGUUUCCAAACAAGCUCUUGAGGAAGAGAUGAUAGCCUCUAUCAGUCGGGAGUGCCUGAAAGCCCUGGACUUCCUUCAUUCAAUUCUUGUGAUUCACAGAGACAUCAAAAGUGACAAUAUUCUUCUCGGAAUCGAUGGAUCUGUGAAAUUGAUUGAUUUUGGCUUCUGUGCUUGGCUUCAGCCCUGGCAGAAGAAACGGAGGUCAUUCCUGGGGACCCGUUUCUAUAUGGCACCAGAAAUGUUGAGAAGAGACCGAUAUGGUGCCAAAGUGGACAUCUGGGCCCUUGGGAUCACGGCACUAGAAAUGGUGGAUGGUCCUACACAGCCUAAGGACAUGCCACCCGAGCUGGAGACUCCCAGAAACCUGUCUCCUGUGUUCCGUUCCUUCCUGCAGUCCUGCCUGAACCCGAAUGCCAAGCAUCGAUGGACGGCCUGGCAGCUGCUGCAGCAUCCGUUUUUAGGAAAAUCCAAGAGUCUUGUCGAGAUGGCUCCUCUGAUUGAUGCAGCCAGGAGACCCAGAACAGCGGCACCAGAACCUCUGCUGGCUCCCUCUGUUUCUGGACAAGAGGGGAAAGAAGAGCAAGUAGAGAAGAAAGUUGUCAAAGCAAAGCCUGAAGGAGUGAAAUCAGGCACAAACGUGACACCAGAACCUGCGCUGGCUCCCUCUCUUUCCGGACAAGACAUUAAAGAAGAGCAAGUGGACAAUGAACUUGUGGCUGUUGUUGGAGCUGCAGAGCCUGAAGAAAUUAAAUCAGGCACAACAGCAGCACCAGAACCUCUGCUGGCUUCCUCUCUUUCUGGACAAGAGGGUAAAGAAGAGCAAGUGGACAAUGAACUUGUGGCUGUUGUUGGAGCCACAGAGCCUGAAGAAAUUAAAUCAGGCACAAACGUGACACCAGAACCUCUGCUGGCUCCCUCUAUUUCCGGACAAGACAUUAAAGAAGAGCAAGUGGACAAUGAACUUGUGGCUGUUGUUGGAGCCGCAGAGCCUGAAGAAAUUAAAUCAGGCACAACAGCAGCACCAGAACCUCUGCUGGCUCCCUCUCUUUCUGGACAAGAGGGUAAAGAAGAGCAAGUGGACAAUGAACUUGUGGCUGUUGUUGGAGCCGCAGAGCCUGAAGAAAUUAAAUCAGACACAACAGCAGCACCAGAACCUCUUCUGGCCCCCUCUGAUUCUGGACAGGAGGUUGAAGAGAAAGAAGUGGAGAAGGAACCUGUGGCUGUUGGAAAAGUCAUGCCUGAAGGAAUGAAAUCAAUCCUCAAGAGGCCUGGUGCUGCUGCAGAACCACAACCUAAAAAAGUCACCUUUGCCAACACUGAAAUGCCAAGCACAAGCACCGGGAAAGGCGACACUCGAAAGAAAAGCAUUGCAAAGAAAAGGAUUCCAAAGAAAAUCACGCACCGGCCGCCAAAGCUGUCCCCACUAACACGUCUUUACCUUGCUGAACUCAAGGGCACUGUGAGUGAGGGGAACCCUACGAAGAAAUACACUUUACAGCAGAUAAUUGGCCAAGGGUCUUGUGGAAGAGUUUUCCGAGGAGUUGACAUUGAUACAGGAAGACAGGUGGCCAUCAAGAAGAUGUUUCUUUGCAAGGAAAAGUACGCAAGAGAGAUAAUUUUAACUGAGGUUUCACUCUUGAGAUGCGUGAGGCACCCCAAUAUCAUUCGUUAUAUAGACAGCUACGUUUUCAAUGAAGAACUCUGGAUAGUGAUGGAAUAUGUGGAGGGAUGCCCCUUAUCUACUGUGGUUUCCUUACAAGCUCUUGAGGAAGAGAUGAUAGCCUCUAUCAGUCGGGAGUGCCUGAAAGCCCUGGACUUCCUUCAUUCAAAUCGAGUGAUCCACAGAGACAUCAAAAGUGACAAUAUUCUUCUCGGAAUGGAUGGAUCUGUGAAAUUGAUUGAUUUUGGCUACUGUGCUUGGCUUAAGCCCUGGGAGAAGAAACGGAGGUCUUUCAUUGGGACUCCUUACUAUAUGGCACCAGAAAUGUUGAUAGGAGACAAAUAUGAUGCCAAAGUGGACAUCUGGGCCCUUGGGAUCACGGCACUAGAAAUGGUGGAUGGUCCUACACGGCCUAAGGACAAGCCACCCCAGCUGAAAACUCGCAGAAACCUGUCGCCUGAGUUCCAUUCCUUCCUGCAUUCUUGCCUGAAACGGAAUGAGAAGCGUCGAUGGACGGCCGGGCAGCUGCUGAAGCAUCCAUUUUUAGAAAAAUCCGGUAGUCUCAAAAACAUUAGGCCUCUGCUCGAUGCAGUCAGGAGACUCCUUACAGAGAGGUUCACAUCACCAUCACCAGAACCUCUGGUGGCUCCCUCUGUUUCUGGACAAGAGAGUAAGGAAGAGCAAGCAGAGAAGGAAAACGUGAAAGCAAAGCCUGAAGGAGUGAAAUCAGUCCUCAAGAGCUCUGCAAUGGCAGCUGUUGCUGCAGCACCACAGCCUGAAGAAGUCACCUUUGCCAACACUGAAAUGCCAAGCACAAGCACCGGGAAAAGAGACACUCAGAAGAAAAGCAUUCCAAAGAAAAUCAUGGACCGGCCGCCAAAGCUGUCCCCACUAACACGACAUUUCCUUGCUGAACUCAAACGCUAUGUGAGUGAGGGGAACCCUACGAAGAAAUACACUUUACAACAGCAAAUUGGCCAAGGGACUUUUGGAACAGUUUUCCGAGGAGUUGACAUUGCCACAGGAGGACAGGUGGCCAUCAAGAAGAUUUUUGUUCUCGACAGAAAGAACACAAGGGAGCUUGUUUUAACUGAGGUUGCAGUCCUGAGGUCCUGGAAGCACCCCAAUAUCAUUCAUUAUAUAGACAGCUACCUUUUCAAUGAAGAACUCUGGAUAGUGAUGGAAUAUGUGGAGGGAUGCACCUUAUCUACUGUGGUUUCCAAACAAGCUCUUGAGGAAGAGAUGAUAGCCUCUAUCAGUCAGGAGUGCCUGAAAGCCCUGGACUUCCUUCAUUCACAUCGAAUGAUCCACAGAGACAUCAAAAGUGACAAUAUUCUUCUGGGAAUCGAUGGAUCUGUCAAAUUGAUUGAUUUUGGCUUCUGUGCUUGGCUUCAGCCCUGGCAGAAGAAACGGUGGUCUUUCAUUGGGACUCGUUUCUAUAUGGCACCAGAAAUGUUGAGAGGAGACAGAUAUGAUGCCAAAGUGGACAUCUGGGCCCUUGGGAUCACGGCACUAGAAAUGGUGGAUGGUCCUACACAGCCUAAGGACGUGCCACCCGAGCUGGAGACUCCCAGAAACCUGUCUCCUGUGUUCCGUUCCUUCCUGCAGUCCUGCCUGAACCAGAAUGCGAAGCGUCGAUGGACGGCCAGGAAGCUGCUGAAGCAUCGGUUUUUAAAAAAAUCCAAGAGUCUUUUUGAGAUGGUUCCUCUGAUUGAUGCAGUCAGGAGACCCAGAACAGCGGCACCAGAACCUCUGCUGGCUCCCUCUCUUUCUGGACAAGAGGGGAAAGAAGAGCAAGUAGAGAAGAAAGUUGUCAAAGCAAAGCCUGAAGGAGUGAAAUCAAUCCUCAAGAGUUCUGCAAUGGCAGGUGUUGCUGCAGCACCACAACCUAAAGAAGACUCCUUGCCCGACACUGAAAUGCCAAGCACAAGCACUGGCAAAAGUGGCACUGGGAAAAAAUGCACACAGAAAACAAGGACUGGGAAGAAAAGCUCUGGGGAAACCAGCACAGGGAGAAAAAGCUCAGACCAGCCACAACUGAUAUCCUCACUAACAAGUAUUUACCUCGCCGAUCUCAAGGGCAUUGUGAGUGAGGAGAACCCUACGAAGAAAUACACUUUACAGCAGAUAAUUGGCCAAGGGACUUUUGGAACAGUUUUCCGAGGAGUUGACAUUGCCACAGGAGGACAGGUGGCCAUCAAGAAGAUUUUUCUCCGCGACAGAAAGAACAAAAGGGCGCUUGUUGUAACAGAGGUUGUGGUCCUGAGUAGCAUGAGGCACCCCAGUAUCAUUCAUUAUAUAGACAGCUACCUUUUCAAUGAAGAACUCUGGCUGGUGACAGAAUAUGUGGAGGGAUGCACCUUAGGCGAUGUCAUUUCCAUACAAGCUCUUGAGGAAGAGAUGAUAGCCUCUAUCAGUCGGGAGUGCCUGAAAGCCCUGGACUUCCUUCAUUCAAAUCGAGUGAUCCACAGAGACAUCAAAAGUGACAAUAUUCUUCUUGGAGUGGAUGGAUCUGUGAAAUUGAUUGAUUUUGGCUUAUGUACUUGGCUUCAGCCCCGGCAGAAGACAUGGAGGUCAUUUUUUGCAACUCCUUUCUAUAUGGCAUCAGAAUUGUUGAGAAGAGACAGAUAUGAUGCCAAAGUGGACAUCUGGGCCCUUGGGAUCAUGGCACUAGAAAUGGUGGAUGGUCCUACACAGCCUAAGGACGUGCCACCCGAGCUGGAGACUCCCAGAAACCUGUCUCCUGUGUUCCGUUCCUUCCUGCAGUCCUGCCUGAACCAGAAUGUGAAGCGUCGAUGGACGGCCAGGAAGCUGCUGAAGCAUCCGUUUUUAGGAAAAUCCAAGAGUCUUGUUGAGAUGGCUCCUCUGAUUGAUGCAGUCAGGAGACCCAGAACAGCGGCACCAGAACCUCUGCUGGCUCCCUCUCUUUCUGGACAAGAGGGGAAAGAAGAGCAAGUAGAGAAGGAAGCUGCAAGUUCCUGAGAAGACAGCACUCACUCUUUGGGACUGAAGGUUGUGAGGGCUGUAGCCGUGCCAUGACAUGGUGUUUCAGCCCAGCCACUGACACCUGGAAAAGGGGUUUUGAACUACCAAGUCGAGUCAGGGUCCCUUGCAGGAGACAGGAGACAGAAGAAACUGUCCCUUGGGGAUACCUGCCCCUCUGCACAGUUCAAAAAUCCUGGCACUGCUGCAGCACCACAACCUGAAGAAGUCCCCUUUCCCGACAUGGAAAUGCCUCCACUGGCAAAGGAGGCACAGAGUAGACAAGGACUAGGAAAAUAGCCAAUAUCUACUCUGAUCUUUGCAGCCACUUCAUUUGUAAAUAAACUUUUGUUGUUAUUCAUA